CUCCCACAAUCCUCCUGCUGACGCUCUACAUUGCCGAACCUUACAAUGGCUUUAUUUGGCCACUCAGCCCAAUGAACUACCAACCUAUAAUCCUUUUCCCGAUGUCUCCACAGGUUUUAAUUCCAAAUUCAGGGACAUUCACACCAGGUUCCGGCUUGUCACGCCUCGCCCCGCGGUCUUCCAGUAUCCCGCCGUGCCUCACUCCCAAGGUGCUUUGCCAUGGCGCAGGGUCGCUUCAAACUGGCGGCGCGGAAACCGGCUACGGGAAAGUCUCGGAGCGGAGCCCGGGGCCCGAGGAAGGGAGGUCGAGUAAUUGCUCCCAAAAAGAAGCAAGUGAUUCAGCAACAGAAACUAAAGAAGAACCUGGAAGUAGCUAUAAGGAACAAAAUCGAACAUGAUGUCACCAUGAAAGCCAGCUCCAACAUGCCUAAGAAACUCAACAUUGUGAAAGCGCCUCAGAAAAAACGCACGGUAGACAAAUAGGAAAACAACUGGGAAAUGCUUGGAGAAUUUGGAAAAACAGAAGGGAUCCUGCCAGCAGUUGCUAAAUGAGACCUUUUUAAUAGUCCUGACAAUUUGAAUAUUAAAAAUAGUUGGUUCAAUAUUGUUCAAUGUUGUCAUUUCAAAAUCAGAUUUAUUAUGACAUGAUUUAUUAUAUUUCAUGUCUUAUAUGACAUGAAAUUUGUUUUGCAGCAGCAGUACAGUGCACAGACGUAAAAUUACUGUAAAUUAAAAAAGUAGUGGAAAAACAAGGAAUAAUGAGAGAAUGUUCAUGAACCAUUCAUUAAUCUGAUGGUGGAGGGAAAGAAGCUUUUCCUGAAUCAUUGAAUGUGGGUCUUUAGGCUCCAGUACUACCACUCCGACAGUGGAAACAAGAAGAGGGCAUGUCCUGGACGGUGAAGAUCUAUAGUGAUGGGUGCUGCCUUUUUGUGGUUCCACUUCUUGAAGGUGUCCUCAACAGUGGGGAGAGUUGUGUCCAUGAAGGAACUGGCUGAAUUUAGAACCUUCUGCAGCCUCUUGCAAUCCUGUGCACUGGAACCUCCAUUACGGCCUGUGAUGCAACCAGUCAGAAUGCUCUGCACCCUACAUACUGAAAUUUGCAAGUCUUUGGUGAUGUACUAAAUCUCCUCAAACUUGGCAUUUGAUAUUAAUAUUCUCAUGUUGAUACCAAAUGCCAAAGUAGAGUCACUCAGCAACCACUGUAUCCUGGUUACAGGAAGCUGUUUGAAUUCUUCCCCUGCUAUUGCUAAAGUCUUCAUUCGUCUUUUGUGUGCACUUUAGCCCUGUGGAAUUCCAGCCAGUACUGUCCACAUUCAUUCACCACUUAACAUUCGAGAUUCUAAUUAUUUAUGCAUUAUUCUUCAGUGCACAGGUAUAAAGGAGAAUGAAGUGAUUGUUACUCUCGAGCCAGUGCAGCAUAAAACACAAUAUGCAAAAAGAACGCAAAAAAGCAAAAAUAUAAAUAUAAAAGCAAUCCUGUAAAACAACGUAUAAAUAACUAUUCUAUACACAGACUGUUCGUAUGCUCAUAAGGUGUCACUAUGUGAUGUAUAUGUAGUGGUGUGGGUGGAUGGUGUUGGGUUCAGCCUGGCAGCUUGGAGGAAGUAAGUUUCCGAGUCUCAUGGUACUAGCAUGAUUGCUACGUUAGCCUCAUCCCUGAUGAGAGUGGGACAAGCAGUCCAUAAGCAGGGUGGUUGGGAUUCUGUGCAAGCUCCAGCUUUACCCACAAUAUGUAGUCCAUUUGCCUGCUAUUGCUAUCGAUGAUGAGGGCCCUUGGCUGCCUAACUCCAUUAAACAUCUCCAUGGUUUUGUUCCUUUGUGCACCCUCCAACCUUCACCUGUGUCUUCUUGGCUUUGCCUUCCUCUGUGGACAGCAUUUGCUGAAAUCAGGAACUGUAAACUAUCUAUGGGGCAUUUGAUAAGGUCCCACAUAGGAGAUUGGUGGGUAAAAUCAAAGCUCAUGGCAAGGGGGGGAAGAAAUUGACAUGGAUAGAAAAUUGGUUGGCAGAUAGAAAGCAAAGGGUAGCGGUGAAUGGGUGUUUCUCGGAAUGGCAGGUGGUGACUAGUGGGGUACCACAGGGCUCGGUAUUGGGACCACAGCUGUUUACGACUUACGUCAAUGAUUUAGUUGAAGGCAUUGAGAAUAACAUCAGCAAAUUUGCUGAUGAUACUAAGCUGGGUGGCAGUGUGACAUGUGAUGAUGUUAGGAGAAUUCAGGGUGACUUGGAUAGGCUGGGUGAGUGGGCAGAUACUUGGCAGAUGAUGUUUAAUGUGAAUAAGUGUGAGGUUAUCCACUUUGGAAAUAAGAACAGGAAGGCAGAUUAUUAUCUGAACAGUGUAGAGUUAGGUAAGGGAGAAAUACAAAGAGAUCCAGGAGUCCUUGUUCAUCAGUCACUGAAGGUGAAUGAGCAAGUGCAGCAGGCAGUGAAGAAGGCUAAUGGAAUGUUGGCCUUUAUUACAACGGGAAUUGAGUACAAGAGCAAGGAGAUCUUGCAUUUGUACAGAGCCCUGGUGAGACCACACCUGGAGUAUUGUGUACAGUUUUGGUCUCCAGGGUUAAGGAAAGACAUCCUGGCUGUAGAAGAAGUGCAGCGUAGAUUCACGAGGUUAAUUCCUGGGUUGUCUGGACUGUCUUAUGCAGAGAGGUUAGAGAGACUGGGCUUGUACACGCUGGAAUUAAGGAGAUUGAGAGGGAAUCUGAUUGAAACAUAUAAGAUUAUUAAGGGAUUGGACAAGAUAGAGGCAGGAAAUAUGUUCCAGAUGCUGGGAGAGUCCAGUACCAGAGGGCAUGGUUUGAGAAUAAGGAGUAGGUCAUUUAGGACAGAGUUAAGGAAAAACUUCUCCCAGAGAGUUGUAGGGGUCUGGAAUGCACUGCCUCGGAAGGUAGUGGAGGCCAAUUCUCUGGAUGCUUUCAAGAAGGAGCUAGAUAGGUAUCUUAUGGAUAGGGGAAUCAAGGGAUAUGGGGACAAGGCAGGAACCGGGUAUUGAUAGUAGAUGAUCAGCCAUAAUCUCAAAUUGGCGGUGCAGGCUCGAAGGGCCGAAUGGUCUACUUCUGCACCUAUUGUCUAUCUGCUGGAGGAACUUAGCAGGUCGAGCAGCAUCUGUGGGAAUUACUUGCGUUUCAGGUCGAAACCCUGAUGUGUCCUGUUGCAGAGUUUCAAAUCAAAUCAACGGCAAUUCCUUUUCCCCCAGAUUCUGCUCGACUCGUUGAGUUCCUCCAGCAAGAUUUUGUUUGCUUGAUUAGCUUUAUGUGUCACAUGUACAUUGAAGCAUAUAAUACUAAACAAAAGUCUUAGGCAUAUGUAAAAAAAAAUUCUGUUGAUGCUUUCUAAAAUAAUGAUGUGAAGUUUCUGUAUAUUUAAAAAAUA